AUGGAUUUAGAUUUUAACGAAGCUCAAAACUCAUUUUAGUUUCUCUUAGAAUAAAAAAAGUUACCAAUAAAGAUGUCCCAUAAACUUGAGUUACUUUUAGAAUGUAUCAAUAACUCUGAAAUCGACACAUCUGUUUUCCAUUCAUUAGAACUUGAAGAAUGCUAAUCUUUAAUGAAGUUAAAUAAACAAGCAUAAAAAGUAAUGUUUAUGAAUAUCAUCAAAUAAUAUGCAUAUGUAAUAUCUACUUUAUUUGUUUUAGGCAAACAUGAUUCCUUCAGCAAUUGGAGAAAUCAAAGGAAAUAUUGAUGUCAGAACUAAAGUUUUAAAAAGUUGGAAAUCUAAAGAGUUUAAGAUUGAUUCUAAAUAAAGAACUUUUGAAAUAUUAAGAAAAAAGAAUAGCAAAAACAAAAAGAAACCAAGAAUAAUCGAUCUAUAAUACUACACUGUUUAACCAUAAGAAUUUAAAGAUAAACGUUAUCGCUUUGUUCUUCUAGCUAAUUCAGAUGGUCAUGGCUAUUAUAAAACAUUGGUCUGUGGAUCAGAUGAUAAAGUCCUAUAUGACAAAGUGAUCUAAGCACUUAAAACAAUAUCUCAAUUUAAAGAUAAUAUUAUGAGAGGUAGUUUAUUAUUAGAAUCUAAUGAUUAUAAUCAACCUAGAACAUAAACUUCUUAAUAAUCCUUCAAUACAACAAGAUAAGAUAUGAGGUUAGUGACAUAAUCAGAAAUUAUUCCAUAAAAAUAAUCUACAAAUAUAAAAAUUAUUAAGUAAACAAACGAAUAAGACAUUAGACCAACUCAACCACAAUUAUAGCAAUAAUAAUAAUAUAAUCCUUCUUAAAAUACUUAGCAACAGUUCAACACUAAUUAAUAAUCUCCUGCGAAAUAAUAACUAUAGCCCUAAAACAAUUAAUAAUAAUAAUUACAAUCAUCACCUGUCAUAUAUAAUCAAUAAUAGUAAUAUUAAUAAUAAUAAUAAUCAUAAAUUCAAUAGUAAUAACAAUAUUAUUAAUAAUAAUAGUUAUUAUAAUAAUAAUAAAAAAUUUAAGAGGAAUAAUUAAGACUAUAAUAGGAAUAAUUACUUUAAUAGUAGAGAGCUGAAUAAAUAAGAUAAUAAUAAGAAUUGUUGAAUCAAUAAUUAUUAUAAUAAGAAUAGUAACAGAAAGUUUAAUAAUAGACAUUGAUACAAUAAAAAUAGGAAUUAAAGUAUCCAUAAGUUUUUUAGGUGUUAUUUGAGGAAGGUAAAUUUAAUUCUGAUUAUUUUACUCAAUCAACAAAAUAAUUCACACAAGUUUAUUCAAAAGAUGGAAUUUAAAUAUUAAAGGACUCAGGAAAUUCUCUGUGUUUUAGAUCAACAUUAACAAUAUUCAAUGGAGAUAUAGAGAAGGUUUUUUAAAGUUUGGCUGAAAUUGAUUUUGUAAAAAAAUGGAAUGCAGUUAUUAAUUCAAAUGAAACUAAAUUGUUAAAUUUAAUGUAAAGUGAGAAUUGUGGAAUAAUAUAUGAAAGACACAAGCCAUAUGGUUUAUUAUAUCUACCUAGAGAUUUUGUUUAUUUGAGAUAUGUAACAUAUAGAGGGGAAGAUAUAUUAAUUGUAGAUAAAUCAAUAGAGAAUGAGGAUGCUCCGCCAUACAUGAAAGUGAUAAGAGGAGAAAUUAAUUAUUAGCUUACAGAGAUAGUGAAAAAUGAUAAUAAUAUUUUAGUAAGAAUUGAGACAGAAAUGACAAAUGGGGGUUUAUCAUCUGUAAAUUAAGAUUGUGCAAUAACUUAAUGGUAUUUAAGUGAACUUUCACAUAUUUAGUAAUUUUUAAAGUCCUAUUCUAUAAUAUAAGAAACAAUAUAAUCUCCUCUCUUAUAGAUUUUAAAAAGCACGUAAGUAAAUAAGUCAAAACAAGCAAUAAUAAUAGAUUAAGAAAUAUCUAGUCUGGCAUAAUAAUAAUAAUAAUAAUAAUAAAUUGUUUAAUCACCGCAAUAAUUGUAAUUAUAUAAUGUGAUAAAAUAAUAAUAACAAUAAUAUAGUAUUCAAUAAUAAUAAUGUGAAUUAAAAUAGGAAUUUUACUAACCUUCACCAGUAACAGUUUCAUAUGAAUAAUAAUUCAAAUUUGAUUAAGUUAAUGAAACUCGUAGAAUAACUUUAGAUUAGCUUCCAAUAAUUGCAACAAUACCAGAGACUGUUCCAGUUAUAAUUGACAAUUAGAAAGAGAUUAAUGAAAUUUAAUAAUAUAAUAAAGAUAUAGAAGAGGCUGAUUUAAGUAAUUACACUCCAAGUGAUUUUAUUUAAUAGACUUUACCAGAAUUAUCUGAUAAAGAGAUUACUUAAGUAAAGUAAAUGAUAAAAAAUAUUGAAUAAGGAACAUAUGAUUAUACAGCUAAUUGUAUUACUCAUAAAUAUGUGACUGAACCUUAAAAGGUUAAAGAUGAAUAUAUUACUUAAAUAGAUAAAGGACAUUAUUUUUUAAGAUAGGAUUGGAAAAGGGAUACUAAACAUGGUGGAAUGAUAUUCUAUAGUUAGAAGAAAAUAGAAGCUUAGAAAAGAGUUAUAAAGUUUAUGUUAAAAUCAAUAGGAUCAAAUUUAUUGUCUGGUAAAUCAAUUUUGAAUAUUUCAUUACCUGUUGAAGUGUUUGAAAGUAGAUCAAAUUUAGAAAGAUUUUGUUAUUCAUUCACGUUUGCUCCUUAGAUAUUAGAAAAAGCAGCUAAAAUUGAUAAUAUUAUAGAAUAGAUGAAAUAUACAAUAGCAUUUGGAUGCAGUAUUAUUAUUAAUUAAAAUUUAUAGGUUCAAUUAUUAUGUAUAUGUCUUUAGAAAAACCAUUCAAUCCUAUUUUGGGAGAAACUUACCAAGGUUUUAUUAAUGGUUGCCCUGUAUAUGCUGAAUAAGUGAGUCAUCAUCCUCCUAUAAGUGCUUUUUAAUUAAAAGGUAGAGGUUAUGAUAUUGAUGGACAUAUUGAAUCAGCAGCUAGUAUGCAUGCCAAUAGUGUUACAGGAAAAAAUAUUGGGUUUAUUAGAGUUACUUAUCAUAAUACACGUUCAAAGUAAAUUUUUAUCUAAUGUCCUGGUGUAUUAACAGGAACUGCAUUUGGAACAAGAGUUUUUAAUAUUAAUGGGAGAUCUUAUACAAUAGAUUUAGUAAAUAUAUUUAAAUUAUAAUUUAAUAGGAAAAUAAUUUAAUAGCAGACAUGGCAUUCAAUCCAGGAAGCAAAAAUGUAUUUAACAAAAAAGAUCUAUUAUAAGAUCAAUUUAUUGGCUAUUUAUAUAAAGUAAAACCUGGAGUAUUAAACAAAUAUAAAAAGGAAGGAUAUGCUAAAUACUCUGGAAUAGAUUUUGAUAAAGAUGUUGAAUAAAAAGUAAUUUAUUUAUUAAUUUUUUAUAGUAUUUUUCUAUAAAUGGUAUUUGGAAUUAAAUGGUUGAAUUUGAUGGAGUUAAAUUAUUUGAUACUUUUGAAAUGAAUCCUCAUGUUAUGGUUAAUCAUCCAUGCCCUUUACCAUCAGAUUCUAAUUUCAGAUUAGACAUUUUAUAUUGGAAAUUGAGAGAUUUUAAUAAUUCCCAAAGAACUAAAGAAAUGUAUGAAAUCAAAUAAAGAAAUGACAGAAAAUGGAGAGAAAAACUUACAGGUAAAAAACAUUGAGUUUUUGUAUUGUAUAUUUUAAUAUAAAGUUUAAU